UCUGUAUGUCUACUAAUGUCAGACACUUUUGGUUUCUGUCCCUUCAAGCGCCAGCAGAUGUUUCCUGAUGGGAGUAGCAGUGAUGUCACACUGCAUGUGGACCUUAAGUCACCUGCAAGUCAAAGUAUUCCUGAGGCCUCCCUGUUUAUCGCAAGCAACCGUGUGAAUGCCACCAGCGGCCUGUGCGCCAGCGUGGGUGACACUUUCAACCCCUUCAACAUGAAACCACAGAGCUCCAGCUGUUCACUCCAAAACCAGCUGAGCUGUGUGGUGGGGGAGUUUUCUGAAAGACAAGGCAAUGUCAGCCUGGUUGGGAGAGAAGUUUACUCUGACAGUAACAUCCAGCUGUCAGGAGACCACACAGUUGUCUACAGGUCUUUUGUGUUGAAGAGUGGUAACAGCAUCCUUGCAUGUGCCGACAUCCUCCCAGAAUCCCAGUUCGCAGAGCAGACCUUUCCCAAUGUGAGCGCCUUUAGCCGGUAUGAUUUCCGAAGGAGAGUCGCAAAUGUUCUGCAGGCAGAAAUGGCGAGGAUAACCAUCUUGCCCGGCUCUACAAACAUUACAGAAAACGGCCAGUGCCAAACUGUCAACUUUAUGGUGUCGGGGGAUGUCAGCGCAACUUUUCUAAGUUCUGUCAAAACCAGUGAGCUUAUGGGCCCGUUUAAAGAAAGCACCACAUGUACAAGAGCUUCUGCAGGCCAGCUGGUGCUGCCAGAAAUCUUCUCGCUGUGCCUGAUGUUUGCUGCUGCCUUCCUGCUGCCAUCUGCGGCCUCUUUAUAAAACCGGAGUCCCGUUUUCGCCUCAAGUCGUCGUCAGUGGAGACACGCGGGUCCUGCUUUUGUAAAACUGUGAAUUUGAAAUGUCACCCAUCAAAUGUUGCAGUGGUGACUGGGCAAAGAAUGUGCAUAUCUGUAUAAACGUUACGUGCAAAUGAAGAUCUUCAAGGUUUUUUUUUUUUUUUUUUUUGGAAGAACCAGUUGAGGCUAUAAAUAUUUAUAAACUAGUUGUUGGCACGCCUGCUUUUGUAGGAAUGUCACAUGUAUUAUUCAUUUGGGUAAGGGGUACCGUUGUCUGUGAACUACGUUUUAAGAUGUUGCCAAUGCUUAAAGUUUUGAAAUAAAGUUUUUCAGAAUUGUA